CAUGACCGGAAGCGAUGGAGGCGGCCAAGAUGGCGUCCCCCAAGAGCGCCCCGAAAGACGCGCAAGUGAUGGCGCAAAUCCUCAAGGACAUGGGCAUCACCGAGUACGAGCCGCGCGUCAUCAACCAGAUGCUGGAGUUCGCUUACAUGCCACCCCAGUCCUUCCCUGGGCACCUCCAGGGAUGGAGCCUCCCCCACCUCCCUGGGCAGCCCCUUGCAAUGCCUGMCYRCCCUUUCCAUGAAGAAAUUGCUCCUGAUACCCAGGAGGAACUAUCAGGUUUAACAUCAGGUAGUCAGAGGCACAASUCAGGCUUUGAUGUAGAUACUAAAGGGUAUUUUUUAGUUUGUGCUUUAGAGAGARAACRUUUCCUUUGCUGGGAAACACCRAAUGCCUCACUGAGRGCAUUUCCUCACUUUGCUGUUUAUYCCAAGCCAUUUCCUGAUUGUCUGGUUCUCUCCCUACAGGUCUCCUCCACAGCAGGCAGGAUCACAGUCCCUCGCCUGAGCGUGGGCGCCGUGAGCAGCAGGCCCAGCACUCCCACUUUGGGUACCCCCUCAGCCCAGACCGUGUCGGUGUCGGCCAAGGUGGGAGCGCCGGUGUCGCUGGCGGGGCAGCGCUUCACCGUGCAGAUCCCGUCCUCACAGCCUGCUGGCAAAUCAGCCACUCCCACCACUCCCACGGUGCAGAACGUCCUGAUCAACCCAUCCCUGAUUGGCCCCAAGAACAUCCUGAUCACCACCAACAUGGUCCCGCCCGGCGCCACCGCCGACCCCAACCCCCUCAAGAGGAAACACGAGGACGACGACGACUACGAUGCCUUGUGAGGGCACSGAGCCCUUCCUGCAGGAUUCAUGUGGGAUCACACGGGAUUCACAGGGGAUUUACAUGGGAUUCACACGGACACUGGAGGGUGGGCACAGGUGGGAGGUGUGGAAAUAAAAUGGAGAGUGUUUGUAACCCGGCCUUGGUGUCUUCUGCACACACCUGAGGGGUUCAGGCUCACSAGUGUGUUGCUGCUGUUCUUGCAGUACCUGUUUACAGUCUAUUUUCUGGCACAGUAAGCUGAAAGGUAUUUAUGAAAGUGGUCAUGCUUUGGAGGAAAGUUAUGACUGUUGGCUUCGGCCUUC